AUGGCCAUUUGGCCGGGCAAUAAGAACAAGCGGCAUACCAUUCAAGUCAGUCCUGAUGAAGCUGCUGCUCUACAAACUUCCCUCGAACCUACACCCGAACCGACGUUGGGCCGCAAGCCUUCCCGCCGAGCUUCCAAACGUCAACAAAACAGCCGUUUAUCACGAAACGGGGAUGCGACAGACAGUACAGGUCCCGCUCGAUCUUCAUCUCAGCGACAGAGACCCAUGUCCUUGAUCGACCAUCGAUCCUCGCAAAUGUCUUCGGACCGCGCCGACGAUGGUCCUCCUCGACCUCUAUCAAGAACCGAAUCCUUAAUGAGGUCAAAGAAUCAAAAUGGACCCAACAAAUUGCGCCGCAGACUCAGCAAGCGCAAAGCGCACGAGAUCAUGCGUGAACGUGAGAUCCGCAUGCUUUGCUCGACGCCGAUCGACAUUCCGCGUCCGACAGGUCACCCGGACUACAAUAUGAUGGAUCACCGGCGCCGCAAGCCGAACGGCCGACGCAUCGAACGAUAUCAGUCGGACGUCAGUCUGUCCUUUCGAGAUUCGGCAGCCUCAUCCUUCUCAGAUUUGACCGACCCUUACACCUUCAAAGUGAAUGCCUUUGCUGCUUUGACUCCGCGACCCGUGGUUCGCUACGUUGAAGCCCCUCGGGCUCCCACGGCUCGAAGUAACCAACCUGUCUCGGGACGAUCAGAUAAGGACCGCCUACACGCCCUACCUACAUCGGAGGAGGAUCUCUAUCAUUCGAAACGACGCAUGAACGAACUAGCCGAUUCUUUAGAUGCAAGUACACUACGCGAGUUGAUGGAACGGGAUCGUCGUCGUCGAGAAAAGAAGCAGAUUGAGGACCAGGAAAAGCUCAGGCGGAAGUUGCAGGCAAGAGCCGAUGCACAGCAAGCUGAGGAGGAGCGGGCAGCGCAAGAGGCUGUAGCAGCAGCUCGUGAGAGUGCCGCGGCAGAAGCAGCAGCAGUAGAACAUGAAGAACUGGAGCCUACAGUCGAGGACAACAUGGAGGAUGUGAUCAUGGAGGAGGAAGAGCGAGAAGAACAAGAAGAACAAGAAGAACCAAAGGAAAGUGACGCCCUAGGUACUGAGUCUCUAGAUGAAAGUGCCCGAGUCGUUGGCAACAUCGAUGAUUCCUCCAUUCGUGAUUCCAUUCGUGAUGUACCCAAAUUAGCCACCCGUCCGAGCUUCGCACCUUCGCAUGACAUGGGCAUGUCCCGUACUACUCUGUCACCAUCUCACUCAUCCGUCCGACAUGGAUUCAACAGUCCCAGUCACUCCCAAACAUUUGGUAUGGGCUCAAACUCUGACCUUUCCGAGCGUCGCCUGUCUGACGCCAGUGGCCGUCGUGGAAAUGCCAUCUCAUCCUUGUUCCGUCGUGGCUCUUCUCGCCUCAAGCGUCGCUACCGUGAAAGAUUCCAAGAGUCGAGUCCGGAAGUUUCCAACGCCUCGCACGAGUCUUUCUACCGAAUUCAAACCCAGUCUUCACCCCCGCCAACAUCUUCGAUCAUUUCCCCACGAACAUUCCUUCCCACCGGCACCGUGAUGCGGUCGCAAUCAAAAUUCACCGAACAUUUUGGAGAUGAGCCCAUGUCUCCGCCUGACUCUCGCUUACAGUCCCCCGACAUUCCAGAAGAAGUGACCGAGUCUUCUCUCGAAAACAAUGAGGGAACUUUCCUGCGUGGCCCGACUCCAAGUGCGAGUGUGGACAUUAUCAACCCUCGUCGAAGACAUCAUCAAUCCUGGGCCGAAAGUGUAGAUGCUGACUCUGAAAACGUGCCUCUUUCGCAAUCUCUUGCAUCCAUUGAUUCCGAAGGGUCUUGGAUGUCGGGCCAGUUUUUCCGUCGAAUGAACCAGCCACCAGGCAGCCCCGUUCGUCCUAAUAUCAGUUCCAUUGGACCUCCAAAUUUGGAUGGUGCGGCUGACAUCGAUGAACGAAUUUCGAUUGAUUCUCGUGGUGCUAGCAGCAAUGUGAUGAGGGAGCCGGAGUUGGAUAACGAUCUUACUACCUCUGAUGCUGGAAAGCCAGCAGAGAUGUGGCAUAGCGAAGUUGGCCGCCGCCCUGUCGUUGUGAACCCCAUUUCCCGCCCCAAGUCAACUCAGGGUGCUCUCCGAUGUAUUCCCUCCUUGUCGCCCAUCUCAGCAGAGGAGGAUUACAGCCCUGUCAGCCCUCUGGAGGAGGAAGGAGAAAGUAACUUUCCUCACCGGAUUGCUAGUGUUCACGGUGAAAUCGACCACGUUUGA